AUGGCCCAACCCAGUGUCGAUGAGAUUUGUCUCUCUCUUCUCAACAACGCUGUUAAUGCGACGGAGGAGACAAAUAUCUCUAACUGCAGUGAAAUCAGCGAAUUCCUCAGCUCCACCAAGAUGCCCGAGAACGCAUGCCGACAUGUCGUCAAUUUCUUCUCGAACUUCAUGAGCAAAGUUCAGCACCAGAAGGAGCUACAGAUAAGCAAGUUGAAAGAACUUGAGAAACAAGUGGAAAAGGAGCAGGGUUCAAUAGAAGCGUGGAACAAUCGGAUUCAGUUGAUGUCCAUUGCAGCAAUCCAAAGCUUAAAAACACUAUUGAAUAAAAUGUCCCGAUUUGAGGAUGGAGUCAUGGGAGAUGAAUUUGAAGACGCUCUUCAUGCUCUCGUCCUUCGAUACGAAUUGGAAAACUCCGCUCCAGCAGGUCAAGUAUUCUGCAGAAACGCAAUGCGGGAGCAUUUUCAGAAGGUUUUGAAAAAAACCCCGACCUGGUCAUAUGGCGGAAUCAAAAUGUGGCAGAACCUCUUCGAAUCCGUCGAAAUUGACGAGGAACUGAAGCAUUAUUAUGUAGAGAACGCCCCACCUUUGCUGUCGAUGGUGUUGGAAAACGAUCAGAAUUGGGUUGUUGCUGCUCGUCGUUUCUUGGACUCUGCAGAAAAUGAAACACACAAUGCAUUCGCGGAUCAACUUCUUCGAGAACCAAUGCAAAAUGAGGAGGGCUCUUGUUUGGAACAGAUCCACAAGUUUUUGGACUAUUUGGAACUGAGAAAACAAAUGCAAAAUGCGUCGGUGUUUGAAGAAUUAUUGAAGAAUCUGAAGCUUUUUUUCGGUUUGGCACGAAGACGAAUGGAGGAUCCCAAAAACGAGAGAAAACAAGAAGAUUUCAAAAUAUUUCGAGAAAGUGUCAACCUAUUGAUGUGCCGGAUUAACAAAAGGUACAACUCACCGAGAAAAAGGGAUUAUUUCUCCCAAUACUAUGACUGCGUCAUGUUGGCCACAAUUUGGGUCAAAACAGAUGUUCUCAACUGCAUUCAAUUGGGAAUCAGUGAAUAUGCUAAGAAGAAUGAGCCAAUUGAAGAUUAUUUGUCUCUGUUCAUGAUCAUCUCGAAUAUGAUCAGGUCUGCGGUAAAUAUUCCCUUCAAGAACUCACGGGAUCAUUUUGGCAAUGAUUACUAUCUGCCCAACGUCAAUCACUACUUAAAACUUCUUCUAGCAUUUCACACGGGAUAUCCUCAAUUUUUCACGCAGCACCCAUCAAUGGCCAAUGAAAUCCGUGAGCUUGUAUUGGAGAAUUACAUCCAAGCCUCUCAGAGAUUCCCAGAUGAGGUUCUUCAAGGGCUCUACCAAACAGUGCAGAAGAUCUUCGAGAUUCCGGCUAACGAGGAAUUGAGAAAAAUGGAACCAACUGCGAAAAUACUGUUCGAAGAGCAGAAUCAAGAUCAAGUUUAUUGUUUCAAUCCAUUAUAUCCGAAGAUAAACAUGAGGUUGGAGGAAGAAGACAGGCCAAUCGAAACGAGGCCAAUCGGAAGCGCGAUGAAGAGAGAGGUAAUCGAAGUGCCGGAAGGAGUUGUCAACAACGGCAACAACAAUUUUCCGGAUGAGCCACAGCAGAUGAAUAUAAACGGCAUCCCGUCCAAUUCCGGAGGAACUGCUCUGGGCCAUAUCCAGAUGUCCGAAAUGCCUCAACCAGGCGAAGUCUUCCAAGAGUAUGGACGCGCACCACCUGACAACGCUCCUACCACUUACCUGAGAAACGAUGUCCCGGUCGAUGCCCCAGUGCAGCCAUCCAGUUCUGAUAACCCUAGAGUCGGAGACGUCGGCCUUGCACGUGUUGGAGAUCAAGAGGAAGAAGUCGGGAAUUCGAAUGGUCUUCUUCAUGGAAGAAAUCGUCAUGAUGCUCCAAUGCCGCUAGCCAGUUAUAUUGGAGCCAGAGUCAUCGAAAAUCAGAUGCCAGAAACAAUACAAUUGGAUUCAGACGAAGAUGACGAAAUCCAGUCUGGGAACGAACUACUCGACAAGGCUCCUUCCACUGAUCAAUCCGAAGAAGGACAUGCUAGCUCGCAGAUGUCCACAUCUUCUCAGGCGACGACUCCAGAGCCCCACCAAACGACUUUGAAUGCCCUGCCGUCCACUUCGGCACAACCUACUCUGAGCCGUCGCAGGCGUCACGAAGAGCCGUUUGACCAAGACGCUCCUGUUCUCCGGUCUGCAGCAAAACAUAAAAUGGCUCGCCGCUCCAGCGGCAGAUAA